AAGUGUUUCGAUAGAUGACGCGGAUCGACAAACACAUGAACACAUUCUUAUGUUGAGAUGCAAGAGACCAAGCAAGAAGCAGCUGCGAGAAGUAACAUUCAUCUAUUUCGGAGAAAAAUUAUCGCUGGAGAAUCGUGUGCAAAAUUACACAAUUUAACAGCAGCCUAUGUUGAUCAAUGCUGAUAUUAAUCUCAUACUACUAGAUAAAUUACUUAUCUAUGUAACAAGCUUGCGAACUUGAACGCUGUGCAUUACUCAAUGAAUUUAAUGGGAUGUUAGUUGGCGAAUAACAUAUUCCUUAUUUAUAUUAAUCUGAUUUGAAUUAAAACGUGGCUAAAGUAGACAGUCGCUCAAACGCAGUGAUUUGGUCUUUUACAAAGUUGUAAAGAUGACAGUAUAUCAGAAUGACGUGCCAUAUUUAAUGUAAAGAUAAUUUGUUUGAUAAUUAAGAAAUCAAGAGAGAAAGAGAGAGAAAGAAAAGAAGAAUAACAUCCAAACACGCAAUAAAACAUUCUUACAAGAAUGGACGUAGCUAGCAAUUAAACACAAAGCAUUGUGCUAGUGUCGAGUUUAUGUUAUAAGGUUUAUUAAGACAUUAAUAGCCAACUUUAAUCUACAGAUUAAUACAAAGUUUCCAAUGAUGUUUUCGUCUGGCCUUAACUGUAAUCUCUCCUUCCCCAGUUGUUUGGGUUAUCCACAAGAUAGUGAGGAAUUGAUCCCAAAAAUGGCACGUGAGCCAAUCAUUCUUAAUGUUUAUGACAUGUAUUGGAUAAAUGAAUAUACUACACCUAUUGGUCUCGGUGUAUUUCAUUCUGGAGUGGAAAUAUAUGGAACAGAAUAUGCAUAUGGUGGUCAUGCUCAACCAAAAAGCGGCAUUUUUGAAAUUACUCCAAGAGUAGCUGAUGAACUAGGCGAACAGUUUAGAUAUAGACAGUCUGUUCACAUUGGAUAUACAGAUUUUACGGAAGAAGAUGUUUCAAGAAUUAUUACGGAAUUAGGCAAAGAUUUUAGAGGAGACCGUUAUCAUCUGAUGAAUAAAAACUGUAAUCACUUCAGCAGUCAGUUCACAUUGAUUCUAUGUGGACAGGAAAUACCUGGUUGGGUAAAUCGUCUGGCUUAUUUUAGUUCAUGUGUACCGUUUCUCCAACGUUGUUUGCCAAAGGAAUGGCUAACACCUGAUGCUUUACAACAUUCUUUAAGUCAAAUUAGUCAUCACGAAAGUACACCACCAUCGGAUACUUCGUUGUAACAUUUGGCUAACACUAUUGAAAUGCACGGUCUAAAAUGCCGUAGAAGUUAUACAUUUUAGAUAAUUAAACAUUGUGAAAAAAAAUGUUAAUUAGGACUGAUUAUAUUGCCAAGAUUUAAAAACUUGAGAAACCUGAGAAACUGAACCGUCAAGACAAGGUACAAAUUUGAUAUUGUACACUUGAAUGCGACUGCUGAUAAUUAGUACCGAAAAAAUUGCCUUUGCUGCAGCAUGUUGUUUCCUAAAUGGCGAUCCACAUGGUCGCAUGUGUUCUUUGUUAAAUAAUACAGUCAAGAUAUGAUAGUUACAUAAUGAAUAGAUAAUUAUGCAUAAAAAUUUAAACCAUAAUGAGCAGAAAACUCAUUUGCCGAUAAAAAAAGAAACUUGUUAUAUUAGCAAGACGUGUAUAUUGAAAUAAUUUUUUUAUAAAGAUUCUUAUUUCUUAUGCUUGUAAAACCGUAAAGCAGUAUGUUUUAAGAUAUAAUGCAUGCACAUAAGUCAGAUAAAUAUACAUUAUAUAUAAGACAUUGUAUGCAAAUGAUUUAAAUAUUUUAUGAUCAAUUGUUUUUCUAUAAUUAACUUAAACACGUACACGCACAUACUCGUACUUACACAGAGAUACGUAAAUAAACUUCUGCAUAAGUCUUAAUACAGUUAACACUAUAUAUUAUUUUUAAUCAGCUGAACUUUUCCUUAUAUAAAUUUGAUUUUACCUUUUGUACCUUCUGUUAUAUGAGCUCCCUACAAUAAGCCACUAUUUAAGCCUUAGCCCGCAAACACAAUAGAUGUAGUAAGCCUUAAACCUUAAGAAAUUGUUUCUUACAGAUGAAUGUGAGAAGAAUAAUCGAGUAUAAUUGGUCAAUUCCUUAAGGCUUAAGGCUUACUACACCUAUUGUGUUUGUGGACAGAUUUAAAGUUUAGGUAAUGGCUUGUCGUAGAGCCCAUUCUAUUAUCUCUUGGUUUAUUACUCGGGGUCAAUUGUACACGCGUGGCAUUUCUAUAUUUUAC